AUGCCCAUAAUCAAUCUAGAACACUGUGGUAAUCCUAUUCUUAAUGAAGAUCAAUACUAUCCGGCUUUGAGUAUGAUCUUAUCAAUAUCUAUAAUUCACAGAUUGAAUCAAAAUAACAGUACAUAUGAAUAUGUCUAUGAUUAUUCAAAGGGCGAUUUAUAUUUGCUGUACAGAUUAUUGAACGAUGUUGAUUGGUCAGAACUUGAAACAACCUCAAAUGUAGCCAAGUGCAUAGAUAUGUUCUACCAAAAGGUUUAUGAAUGUUUGGACCUGGCAAUACCUAAAAGGAAAAUUAAAAAAUGUACUUCAAAUGCCCAAAGAUAUCCAAUAUACUUUUCACAAGAACUAAAGAAAAAUAUUAAAUUAAAGAAACGCCUUCACAGACAAAUUAAAAACGGCAAAGCUAGCUUUCAACUAAAGAAUGAAUAUAAUGAAAUUAGAAGUGCAAUCAAAUAUCAGACUACAACUAAACUAUCAUGA